AUGCUAGCUCCGGUACGUCUUUUCUCUCCUCUCACUUGGUCCCCGCUCCCCUCUUUUUCUCAUUCUCGUCCUCGUCCUUCUUCCUCUCGCCCUUUGUCUCCCGCAGCUGCUGCCGUCCCUCCCAGACACUUUGCAGCGGCGCGCACCCCACUGAACGGGGCGCGCUUCUGCGCUUCUCUUGCAGGCGGAGACAGGCCGCUGGCGGAGGCGCAUGCAGCCAGGCGGCGCGAGAGGGGAGGCGAAGGCGGAGGCAGCCCCAGCGCAGUGAACGGAGAAAGGAGACAGGCAGAGCGUGGCGCGGCAGAGAAGCCUGGGAGGGGGAAGGAAGAGCGACCGAGCCGAAGCGAAGAUGAAGAUGCUCGAGAACAACGUAGAGAAGAAGCUCCAGGAGGCCGCGACAGGAGGGACGAAGAGCCAGGAGGGAUGCAGAGUGGGGACCGGACGUUCACUCUUCCGGAAAUUUCUUCUCUGCAUGCGUUCCUGAAUCCUCCGGAAACUGUGUCGAGGCAUGCGUCCCUCAUCUUCCUCUCCUCCUCUCCUCACGCGUCUCCAGGGCCUUCCUCUCUCGCCUCCCCGUCUUCUUCUCUGCGCGCGGGCACGUUGUAUGUGAUUCACACUUUUCGCCUUCACCCAUAUGAGUUUCUCUUGCUCGAAGAGGCGAUGUUUCGCCUGCUCAACAACGCCACCCGAGUCAAGUCCCCGGACGAUGCCUCCGUUGCCUGUCUCUUCCUUCAUCACCCCCCGUACUCGCAUCAUCCCUCAUCCUCUCCUUCCGCUGCCUCCUCUUGUUUUUCUCCUCCCUCCUCUCCCUCCUCUCCCUCUUCUCUCUCUUCUCCCUCUUCUCUUCCCUCUUCUCUUCCCUCUUCUCUUCCCUCUUCUCCUCCCUCUUCUCCUCCCUCUCCUCCUCCCUCUCCUUCUCUCUCUUCUGCUCCUCCGUUGAAUGUGAUCUUUGGGCGCAGCGGCACUCCGCCUGCCUUCGUGGAGGCUCCGGAGGAGUUUCUUUCUUCGCAGCGCUCGGCGUAUAUUCGGAGAUUCUCUGGGGGCGGAACGGUCGUCAUGGACGCCGCCUCCUGUCUCUGCACCUCGUUGCUGGUGCCCCACGCGUUGUCUCGCACGCGGCCGUACCCUGGCGACUUGAUGCAGUUCGCCUUCGAUUUUUACCGUGGACGCAUGCGCCGGAGAUCCAGGCGAGAAGAAGAGAGCGAAAAAGAAACAGGGGCAAGGGCGCAGUACGCCGUCCUGAUGGACUGGGAAGACGCGGAACUGGAGACAGAAUUGUGGGUCGGAAGGGAAACAAACCAGGGAGAAAAGAGAGAAAAGAAAGGGCAACGAGAGGAGAGAGGACACAUGAAGAGGCAGUCACUAACGGAGCACGGUAUGAAGGACGAUUUCAUGUUCUUCGUCGCUCCUUCUCUUCGGUCUUCUGCAGCCCCUGCAGCGCGCGCACCUGACCCGUCUUUUCCUUCUUCUGGUCCACCGUUUUGUUCUUCGCUCUCUCGCUGUGCUCUUUCGGGGGGAGAUCCUCCACCUGCUCAGAGCAACGCGAAAGUGGAGGCAGGUGAGAGAGAAGACAGUCACCUCGCCUCCCCCUUCUCCACCCAUUUCGCCCUCAGAGAAAACGAUUUCGUCUUCAACGAGACUUCUUCAUCUUCGUCGUCUACUCACUGGCGCAAGGUUGCCGGGAACGCGCAGGCGCUGUCUCGGCUGUAUGGGCUCCAGCACACGUCGUUUCUGUGGAGCCUCGAGUCGCUUCUUCCCGCGAUGACCAGCCUCCUUCGCGUGCCGAAGAAACAACCAGAGUACCGAAAACAGCGCACGCAUGCAAUGUUUCUAACGGACGUGCAGCAAGUGCUGAAGGCGCGGCAGGCGCUGCCUCGGUGGCUUGGAACGGCGGCGACCGGGAGGCAGCCCGGAAAGGACGAAGGGGAGGAGCGAGCGAAAGCGACCGCUUUUGCGGCGGACGGGCAGAGAGGGGAACCCCCGGAGCGGUUUGAACUGAAGAACCAAACAGACUUCCUGUUGAGUCUCAGCGUUCUCGCCGAGGAGUUCGCUGCCGACAGAAACAGCGAGUGUCUCGACACCUUGCGAGUGCGUGGCCACAGCGGAGCCGCAAACCAGAAGUCAGAGCAUAGAGAAGAUAGAAAGAAAGACAACAAAGAAGACCGCGAAGAUCGCGAGGAGGCAGAGGGACGUGUGUGGAGGUGUGUUCACUGCGUGUUAACUCCGGAUGACACGCUGCCUGUUGAUUUCGUUCAGCGGUGGCGUCGGGUGUAUGGACAGCCGAACCGGGGGGCUGAGCAUGAAACGGACAAAAUCGGUGAGCGAGACGAAACCAAGGCCGCGUUCAAAAGCGGCGUUUCCCCAACGCUUCGAGCGUUGUAUCACUUGCGAGCCUCCAUAGCUCGAGAAGCGGUCGACGCGCUUGUGCGUGGGAAUCUGAAAACGUACCGAUCUACGCAUUUCAUGGACUCCAGCGGCAGCCUCCUCGACGACGAGGCUUACCGAUGCCUCCUGGAGGUGAACGGGAUCGUGCGUGUGUCCGAAUAA